GAAACGAGCGCGUUAUAAACGAGGUCGACUAAAACGACAUCGUUUCCCAUGCAUAAAUCUAGUAAUAUUUGUACUUUAAGAUCAACAAAAACAUAACAUAACAUCAUCGUUGCAACAACUACCGUCUCAAAACUCAUCACCAACCUCUGUCAAAAUCUUUUGAAGAAGAUGGGUUCAAAAUCAGAGACUUUAACCUUUGAGGAUGUGGCUAAGCACAAUCACAAGAACGAUUGCUGGAUCAUAGUCAACAAAAAGGUAUAUGAUGUUACCCCAUUUUUGGAUGAUCAUCCAGGAGGUGAUGAGGCUUUACUGUCUGCUACAGGGAAGGAUGCUACCACCGAUUUCGAAGAUGUUGGUCACAGUGACUCAGCAACAGAGAUGAUGGAAAAGUACUAUGUCGGGGAGUUUGACGCCAACACUCUUCCAGUAGAAGCUAGGAACAAUCCAACAGCACCAAUUCAAGCAUCUACCAUAAACAGCAAUCAAUCUUCUGGAGUUUUGUUGAAGUUCUUGCAGUACUUGGUGCCAUUGCUGAUAUUGGGUGUUGCAUUUGCUCUUCAGUACUAUGGAAAAAGAAGCAAAUCCAAUGAAUCGGAGAUGAUUAGGCAUUUUCGCAAAGGCACAAGACAAAGAAAAGGAUACAAGAUAAGUCUUAAGAAAGAGGUUGUGUUACAGAGCGUCAAAGGUGGAAAGAGGACAAGUAGAAAGGCAGUGGUGGUGCCCCCAUCCACAGUAAUGGAGAUGUCGUUUAUGUGUAAGAGUCACAAUUGCCAAGAAACUAGAAAGCUGAAGAAACCAUGUACUUUGUGUAAAGCUAGAUUUUUGUCUGUGUGACUUAAUAGUGCCAAAUUGCCAAUAUCAUUCAAAAUAUUGUUUAA